AUGCAGUUAGAGCACUGUCUCUCUCCCUCUAUCAUGCUGUCCAAGAAAUUUCUCAAUGUAAGCAGCAGCUACCCACAUUCGGGCGGAUCCGAGCUUGUCUUGCACGACCAUCCCAUUAUCUCGACCGCUGACAACCUGGAGAGGAGUUCACCUUUGAAAAAACUCGCCAGGGGGAUGACGAAUCAGUCCGAUGCGGACAAUUUCGCCGACUCCAAGGACUCACCAGGGGACGUCCAGAGAAGUAAACUCUCUCCCGUCUUGGACGGGGUCUCCGAGCUUCGUCACAGUUUCGAUGGAUCUGCAGCAGAUCGCUAUCUGCUGUCUCAGUCCAGCCAGCCCCAGUCGGCCGCCACUGCUCCCGGCGCUAUGUUCCCGUACCCGGGCCAGCACGGACCGGCUCACCCUGCCUUCUCCAUCGGCAGCCCCGGCCGCUACAUGGCCCACCACCCCGUCAUCGCCAAUGGAGCCUACAACAGCCUCCUGUCCAAUUCUUCGCCUCAAGGCUACCCCGCGGCGGGCUACCCUUACCCCCAGCAGUACGGCCACUCCUACCAAAGCGCGCCUUUCUACCAGUUCUCCUCCAGCCAGUCCGGGCUGGUGCCCGGCAAGGCUCAGGUCUACCUGUGCAACAGGCCGCUCUGGCUGAAAUUUCACCGCCAUCAGACCGAGAUGAUCAUCACCAAACAGGGAAGGCGCAUGUUUCCUUUUUUAAGUUUUAACAUUUCUGGUCUCGAUCCCACGGCUCAUUACAAUAUUUUUGUGGAUGUAAUUUUGGCGGAUCCCAAUCACUGGAGAUUUCAAGGCGGCAAAUGGGUUCCUUGCGGCAAAGCGGACACCAAUGUACAAGGAAACCGGGUUUACAUGCACCCCGAUUCCCCCAAUACCGGGGCUCACUGGAUGCGCCAGGAAAUCUCUUUUGGAAAAUUAAAACUUACAAACAACAAAGGAGCGUCAAACAACAACGGGCAGAUGGUGGUUUUGCAGUCUUUGCACAAGUACCAGCCCCGCUUGCAUGUGGUCGAAGUGAACGAGGACGGCACCGAGGAUACCAACCAGCCAGGCAGAGUUCAGACUUUCACCUUCCCCGAGACCCAGUUCAUUGCGGUCACCGCCUACCAAAACACCGAUAUUACCCAACUGAAAAUAGAUCACAACCCCUUCGCCAAAGGCUUUCGGGACAACUAUGACACGAUCUACACGGGCUGCGACAUGGACCGGCUGACCCCGUCGCCCAACGACAGCCCGCGUUCGCAGAUCGUUCCGGGCGCCCGCUACGCCAUGGCCGGCUCCUUCCUGCAGGACCAGUUCGUCAGCAACUACGCCAAGGCGCGGUUCCACCCGGGCGCCGGCGCGGGGCCGGGCCCGGGCGGCGACCGCAGCGUCCCGCACACCAACGGGCUGCUGUCGCCGCAGCAGCAGGCGGCGGCGGCGGCGGCGGCGGCGGCGGCGGCGGGCGAGGAGCCCGGCGGCCCGGCGCCGCAGCGCUGGUUCGUCGCCCCGGCCAACAACCGGCUGGACUUCGCGGCCGCCGCCUCGGCCUACGACACGGCCACCGACUUCGCGGGCAACGCGGCCACGCUGCUGUCCUACGCGGCGGCCGGCGUCAAGGCCCUGCCGCUGCAGGCGGCCGGCUGCACCGCCAGGCCGCUCGGAUACUACGCGGCCGCCGACCCGUCGGGCUGGGGGGCCCGCAGCCCCCCGCAGUACUGCGCCGCCAAGCCCGGCUCCGUGCUGUCCUGCUGGCCCAGCAGCGCCCGCAUGGCCAGCGCCGGCGGGGCGGGAGCAACGGCGGCGGCGGCAGCGGGAGCGGGUGCAAGCGGAGGAGGGGCCGGAGGAGGGGCCGGAGGAGGAGGAGGAGGAGGGAGCCACGGCCACCCCUACCUGGGCGAGGAGGCCGAGAGCCUGGCCGCCCCCGAGCGCUCCCCGCUGCCCGGCCCCGACGACUCCAAGCCCAAGGACCUGUCCGACUCCAGCUGGAUCGAGACCCCCUCGUCCAUCAAGUCCAUCGACUCCACCGACUCUGGGAUUUACGAGCAGGCCAAGCGCCGGCGGAUCUCGCCCUCGGACACGCCCGUGUCCGAGAGCUCCUCCCCCCUGAAGAGCGAGGGCUUGGCCCAGAGGGACUGCGACAAGACCUGCGCCAAGGACAUAGGCUACUACGGCUUCUACUCGCACAGCUAGGCUCGCUGACCAGGCCGCCCAAGCCCUCCCGGCCCCCAGACCACCUAUAAAUACUCCUCCUCCUCCUCCUCCUCUCCCUCCCCUUCCC